AUGCUGGACCCUGUUUUCCAAGGGAAGAGCUUCGCCGCUCAGUAUACGUCCGCCGCGAAAAUCAGUGAACUGUAUGCCCAGACACUGAUUGACGAGUCCGGCAUUGCCGAAUUCCACCAUAGGCCUUUGAUCGUGCUGGACAAUGCGUGUGGGACCGGAUCCGUCGCAAGCGUCCUCUCUCGGACGCUGAAUGAGCAGAAUCGCACGAGCUGGCAGUUGACCUGUGGUGAUCUGGCCGGGGGGAUGGUCGAAUACACCCAGCACCGCAUGAAGACCGAGGGAUGGCACAAUGCGGAGGCCAAGAUUAUGAACGCCCAGGAGACGGGCCUUCCGAGUGCUCACUACACUCACGCCUUCACAGCAUUCGCUUUCAACAUGUUCCCGGACCCCAAGGGCGCCCUGAAAGAAUGCCACCGAGUACUGCAACCAGGCGGAACGCUGGCUACCUCGACGUGGAAACACGCCAACUGGUGCACAAUCAUGACGCCCGUGGUCAAAACCUUGCAGGCCGAUCUCCCCUAUCCCACCAUGGAAAAGAUCAACGCGAUGCUGAACAAGGGAUGGGACUCUGAGUCCCAUGUCCGUGCGUAUUUUGAACAGGCCGGGUUCAAAGAUGUCGACAUUUCGACCGUGGAGAAGGAAUGUACUCUACCGAUACAAGAGUUCAGCGAGGCUUGCAAGAUUCUGUUGCCCUACGUCCUCAGCAGGUUCUGGACGCAGUGGCAGCGUGACCAGUAUGCGGCGCAAUUGCCCGAGACGCUGCUACAAUAUCUGAAAGAGGAGUAUGGCAAGGAUGGGCUUGUGCCGAUGAAGGGUGUCGCCAUCGUCGCCGUGGGCCGCAAAGCUUGA